AGUUAAUUACACAGAAACGAAAGAGAUUCUUCUAGAGUCGUUCCUCUACGUCUUCUUCUUCCCCUAAAUCCUCUCGAUUGGGUUUCUUCUCUGUCUUUUAGAUCCUCUUCCUCCACCACUCGAUCUUUACCUCUUCAAGAUGACGAGGUUUAUAUGUGAGAUCUGUCAAAUGAGCUAACUUUUAAGGCAUUCAAGAAGACGAUUUAGUUUUUGUGGUCUUGUUUUUGAGUCAACAGAAAGAAACUUACAACAGUAAGGAUGUCAAGCGGUGGAAAUACCCACUGGUGUCAUAGAUGCCAGCGUGCUGUCCGGCUACACGGUCGAGAUCCUGUAUGUUCUUAUUGUGGAGGAGGGUUUGUUGAAGAGCUUGGUACGCCUCAAGCAAGCCCAUUUGAUAUGUUUAGAUCUCACAGGAAUGUUGUGGGACGUGAUCCAACUUUUGAUCUCAUGGAUGCUUUCUCCGCCUUUAUGAGGAACCGAGAAAACAGAGGAAGAGCCAUCGGUUCUGGUCCUGAAAACUUUCCUAGCCUAGCUCCUCUCUUGAUCUUUGGUGGUCAGGUUCCUUAUAGACUCUCUGGAGACAAUGCACUAGAAGCUCUGUUUAAUGGUGGCUCACCAGGCAUUGGCAUCACACGUGGUAACACUGGUGACUAUUUCUUCGGUCCUGGUCUUGAAGAGCUCUUUGAGCAGCUUUCAGCUGGCUCUACUCGCAGAGGCCCACCACCUGCUCCUAGAUCUUCAAUAGAUGCAUUGCCAACGAUCAAGAUCGCUCAGAGGCAUCUUAGGUCGUCUGACUCGAACUGUGCUGUGUGCAAAGACGAGUUCGAAUUGGGAGCUGAAGCUAAACAGAUGCCUUGUAACCACAUCUAUCAUUCUGACUGCAUUGUCCCGUGGCUGGUUCAGCAUAACUCGUGCCCUGUCUGUCGCCAAGAGCUGCCAUCAGGUAGAGGAUCUUCAAGCAGUCAAACCAGAGCCACAACCAGAAACAACAGUAGUAGUAGUAGUAGUAACAGUCGUGAGAGCAGCAAUGAAAGGAGGAAUCCUUUCUCUUCCUUUUGGCCAUUUCGUUCGUCCGGUUCAGCCUCGAGCUCUACUCAAAACCGCGAAAGCAGCACACGAAACUCGGAAGCAACAGAUGAGAACCAUAACUACCAUCACCAGCAACAGCAACAAUCACAUAUGGGUUACAGUGGGUGGCCUUUUGAUUACUAA